UUCCCUGGGUUCUGCUGCUGUUAGUCUGCCUCUCACAUCCUCCAGCAAGCAGCAGCCUUGGGGGCUCCAGUGUAAGCUGGCGUAUCUCUGCUAGGAUUGUCUUACUCACCUUCUCUCUCUGUAGUGAUUGUGUAAUAAUAGGGCAUAUUAUUGUAACUGCCCUGCUUCUACAGAACUGUGUACAGGACUUGGACGUGGCUAGCAGCAUUUUACAGGGGACAUAGCCGAGCACUAAGUAGCAAUGGUUGGGAGGCUAAACCUGCAGGAUGUCCCCGAUCUACUGGACAUGAAGAAGAAGGGUGAGAGGGUGCUGGACAGUCCGGAUUCCGGGCUCCCUCCGAGCCCCUGCCCCAGUAACUGGCUCCUGACUCCAGCAGCAGCUGAGAAAUCGCCUUAUCACGAUGUCCCCGGGCACACAGUGCAGGUGAGUACUUCACCCUCAUUAAGUUUGUCAAGCAGCUACACCCCACGACUGUGUCCUUUGUCAUUUGGAGAAGGUGUGGAGUUUGAUCCACUGCCACCAAAGGAGAUAAGGUAUACCUCGUCAGUGAAAUAUGACUCUGAGAAGCAUUUUAUCGACAACAUCUACAUGCCAGUGGGCCUGGGCGUCUCCUCAUGCAGCCAAACUGUGAUCUGCGUUCCUAACUGUACAUGGCGCAACUACAGAGCUGAAGUUUACUUUGAACCCAAGAACAAGGCCCAGAGAUUCACAAGCACCACCAUUGUUUAUCCUAAGCACACAAAAACAGUCUAUACCACCACACUGGAUUACAACUGCAAGAAAUGUAUGAGGCGUUUUCUGUCCAGUGUGGAGCUGGAGUCAGCUGAACACAUGGGCAGUGAGUACUUUAUGGAUGAGUACUGAUUGCUUGUGUCUCUACCUCUGUGCUUUAGAGGACUAUAAUGAAUAUGCAGCCUUUUGUCUCAAAAUACAGUGUGUGGAUUGGUAGACCCGCAAGAUCUUAGGUUCAAUGCAGGCAAGCCUAUGAUCUGCAAAUUGACUGGUGAUGGCACUUUCUGCCCAUACAACACUGUACCCAGUCAUAAAAUCAUUUGCUUUGGAUAUUUACAUGACUGUGAAAGUCUAUUCUCUGAACUCCAAAAGCCAACGGGUAUUUUACAAGCCACUAAAAUACGAUUUCACACGUCAUUUGCAUCAUACAAAGCAUAUUGGACGCAAAACUAAAAUUAGAAAGGAAAUAUUGUAAAGCAAGUCCAAAAUAACUUUAUAUUUUCAUAUGGACAAUAAUAGGGUCAGGACUUUUCCAGCUGCUGGCCCGUGUACCGGAUGUAGCUUUCCAUAUUCUCUGUUGCCUCUAUUGUAUGACCAACUUGCAUAUAUCUAUCACAUAUAUGCGGCCCUUUCAUAAAAAUCUGGACAGUUCAUUAUUAAAUAAUCCUGGUAUAUAUCAAAUGCCUUCAUUGACACCUUUUACAGACAUUUACUUCUGUGAUAAGAUAUCUUCGUAUGUUGGGUAACCAUGGCUAUUUUGAUGCCCAUCUUCUUUGUACAGAGAAUAAAGCACUUAGAUGGCUAGCUAAACAAUUUAAAAUGCAAUAAUCUAAUAUUAAAUUCUCUUAAUAUGUG